UCCCCGGCCGCCGGGAAUGUGCCCGGGACCUCGGCUGCCACCUGCAUCCCUGCAGCGCUCGCAGUCAUGUCCGUGAGCGCCACCGAGAACGAUCCGCCCAGGUUCUUCGUGGGGGGAGAAGACAGCGAGGAGUUGCUGGACUCGGCCAGGUCGGCGGAUUACGACCAGUUCUACGGCCAUGCGGAGGAGGAGGAGGAGGAGUACGACUCUCCUCCAGAAAGACAAAUUUUGGUUGGGAUUUGUUCAAUGGCUAAGAAAUCCAAGUCCAAACCCAUGAAGGAAAUUCUGGAACGCCUCUCCAUGUUUAAGUACAUAACUGUUGUAAUAUUUGAAGAGGAUGUCAUUUUGAACGAGCCAGUAGAAAACUGGCCGGCAUGUGACUGUCUCAUUUCCUUUCAUUCUAAAGGUUUUCCACUGGACAAAGCAGUUGCCUACGCAAAACUCAGGAAUCCAUUUGUAAUCAAUGACUUGAAUAUGCAGUAUCACAUACAAGACAGGAGAGAAGUAUACAGUAUUCUUAAGGCUGAAGGCAUUUUACUUCCUCGUUAUGCAAUUCUAAACCGCGAUCCAAACAAUCCCCAAGAGUGCAGUUUGAUUGAAGGAGAAGAUCAUGUGGAGGUGAACGGGGAAAUUUUCCAAAAGCCUUUUGUAGAAAAGCCAGUUAGUGCUGAGGACCACAAUGUUUACAUUUAUUACCCAACAUCUGCUGGGGGUGGAAGCCAGAGGCUCUUUCGGAAGAUUGGCAGCCGAAGCAGUGUUUAUUCCCCUGAAAGCAGUGUGAGAAAAACAGGCUCCUAUAUUUAUGAGGAAUUCAUGCCUACAGAUGGCACUGAUGUGAAGGUGUACACAGUAGGUCCAGACUAUGCUCAUGCCGAAGCCCGGAAAUCUCCAGCUCUGGAUGGCAAGGUGGAGCGAGACAGUGAAGGAAAGGAAGUGAGGUAUCCAGUCAUCCUGAAUGCAAGAGAGAAGUUAAUUGCCUGGAAAGUAUGCCUUGCCUUCAAGCAAACAGUUUGUGGCUUUGAUUUAUUGCGUGCUAAUGGGCAGUCCUACGUCUGUGAUGUGAAUGGCUUCAGUUUUGUGAAGAACUCCAUGAAAUACUAUGAUGAUUGUGCUAAAAUACUUGGAAAUAUCAUAAUGAGAGAACUUGCUCCCCAGUUUCAGAUUCCUUGGUCAAUUCCUCUGGAAGCUGAAGACAUCCCCAUUGUGCCAACCACCUCCGGAACGAUGAUGGAGCUUAGAUGUGUUAUAGCUGUAAUACGUCAUGGGGACCGAACACCAAAACAAAAAAUGAAAAUGGAAGUUAAACAUCAAAGAUUUUUUGAUCUCUUCGAAAAAUGUGAUGGAUACAAAUCUGGAAAACUAAAAUUGAAAAAGCCCAAACAGUUACAGGAAGUGCUUGAUAUAGCAAGGCAACUUCUUGUGGAACUUGGGCAAAACAACGAUUCUGAAAUUGAAGAAAGCAAAGCAAAACUUGAGCAGCUAAAGACUGUGCUGGAAAUGUAUGGGCAUUUUUCGGGGAUAAAUCGCAAAGUCCAGUUAACAUAUCUUCCUCAUGGUUGCCCCAAAACGUCCAGUGAAGAGGAAGACAACAGAAGAAACGAGCCGUCCCUGCUGCUGGUUCUGAAAUGGGGAGGAGAGCUGACCCCGGCGGGCAGGGUUCAAGCGGAGGAGCUGGGAAGGGCUUUCAGGUGCAUGUAUCCGGGCGGACAAGGAGACUACGCCGGCUUUCCGGGCUGCGGGCUGCUCCGCUUGCACAGCACCUACCGGCACGACCUCAAAAUCUACGCGUCCGAUGAGGGGCGAGUGCAGAUGACGGCGGCCGCCUUCGCCAAGGGCCUACUGGCCUUAGAGGGUGAGCUGACUCCUAUUCUCGUCCAGAUGGUGAAGAGUGCUAACAUGAAUGGUCUCUUGGACAGUGACAGCGAUUCUUUAAGCAGCUGCCAGCACCGUGUCAAAGCAAGACUCCAUGAAAUUCUCCAGAGAGACAGAGAUUUCACUGCUGAUGAUUAUGAUAAGCUUACUCCAUCUGGAAGCAUCUCUUUGAUAAAAUCGAUGCAGGUUAUCAAAAAUCCUGUGAAGACAUGUGACAAAGUCUAUUCCUUAAUCCAGAGCUUGACUUCACAGAUCAGGCAAAGAAUGGAAGAUCCAAAGUCUGCAGAUAUUCAGCUGUACCACAGUGAAACACUGGAACUGAUGCUGCGCAGGUGGGCCAAGCUGGAGAAAGACUUCAAAACAAAGAAUGGACGAUAUGACAUUAGCAAGAUUCCUGACAUUUAUGACUGCAUAAAAUAUGACGUUCAGCACAACGGUUCCCUAAAAUUAGAAAACACAAUGGAAUUGUACAGGCUUUCAAAGGCUUUAGCUGACAUUGUGAUUCCUCAGGAGUAUGGUAUUUCCAAGGCUGAGAAACUAGAGAUUGCCAAAGGUUACUGCACUCCUCUAGUGAGAAAAAUCCGUUCUGACCUUCAGAGGACUCAAGAUGAUGAUACUGUAAAUAAGCUUCACCCACUCUACUCCCGGGGCGUUAUGUCCCCCGAGCGGCACGUGCGCACGCGCCUCUAUUUCACCAGCGAGAGUCACGUCCAUUCCCUGUUGUCCACCCUUCGCUACGGUGCCUUAUGCGACGAGUCAAAAGAUGAACAGUGGAAGCGAGCUAUGGAUUACCUGAAUGUUGUCAAUGAACUCAAUUACAUGACACAGAUUGUUAUCAUGCUUUAUGAGGAUCCAAACAAGGAACUUUCUUCAGAGGAGCGCUUCCAUGUAGAGCUGCACUUUAGUCCAGGAGCCAAAGGCUGUGAGGAAGACAAAAAUUUACCAGCUGGAUAUGGAUAUCGACCUGCCUCCCGAGAGAAUGAAGGCUCGAAGAAAACCUCCCAUAGAAAUGAUAGUGAUGAGGAGGCACAUGCUCCUAAAAGGGAUGAAACAGAUCGGUCAGUAGUGAUGUUCAAGCCAAUGGUAUCAGACCCAAUUCACAUACACAGAAAGUCACCUCUUCCAAGAUCCAGGAAGAUUGGUUCUGUUGAAGAAGAGAGCCCCCUGAGUGUGUCUAGCCCAGAGUGUAUUGGUACCUGGCUGCAUUACACCAGUGGUGUGGGUACUGGGCGUCGAAGACGCAGAUCAGGGGAACAAAUCACUUCUUCCCCUGUCUCCCCUAAAUCAUUGGCUUUCACAUCCAGUAUUUUUGGCUCAUGGCAACAGGUCCUAUCAGAAAGCAAUAGUAAUUUACGAACACCGAGAACUAUUCUGGAGCAAAAGCAGAGUGGUCUAGGGUCUCAGUGUGCGGGCCUGUUUAGCACCUCAGUGCUCGGGGGUUCUUCGAGUGCACCUAACCUACAGGAUUAUGCUCGUACUCAUCGUAAAAAGCUGACUUCUUCUGGCUUCAUAGAUGACACCACACGCGGUUCUGCUGUUAAAAGGUUUUCUAUCUCAUUUGCUCGACACCCAACCAAUGGUUUUGAACUGUAUUCCAUGGUGCCUUCUAUUUGCCCUUUGGAAACCCUACACAAUUCCCUGUCUUUAAAGCAGGUGGAUGAAUUUCUUGCCUCUGUUGCUGCUCCAUCAAGUGAAAAUCUACAGGAGACAUGUACUGCUCUUAGUUCCUCUCCAACCUACAUGAGUCCCCUGUCAGGAAGGAAGAGUUCGUUAAAUACCUACACCCCUACAAAAAUUCUCCCCACACCGCUUGAAGCUUUGCCUGAGAGGCUGCCAGUGGAGAAGACCAGCACACCUACCAGUGGAUCUCCUGGCUGUGAAACUAAAGUUAAGCUGUCUCCAGAAGAAACCUCCCUGGAAGUCAAAGUUAGUGCUGAAAUUCUUGCUGAGAAGAAGUGAAAUCGGUGAGAAGAAAUGAAAUUGGUCAGAGAAAUUGGAAGCAACUUCUUAAACGUUUCUUUAGUGUGCAUUUGAUUGUAGAGAAACAGACUAAAUGAUGAUUGAGCUUUCAGAAGCCAUUUGCGUCUGCGUUUCAUAGUGCACUUAACCCCAUAUAAACUAAGGACAACUAGUGUGCACUCUACAUAUCUAGGUCAAAGAUCUCAUUUUUAAAAAACAGUUAAGGAAAUACUUAUGAGCUGGAUGAACUGCACACCUUUAAUGGAAAAAGCUGCACAAGAAUCCUUCUCGUGUCUUCAAAUAUUUACUGUAAACAUGUACAAAAACACAAAACCUGUCCAGUGGUAUGUUAUGGUGGCAUUGUUGAUGCUGCUGUAAUGAAGCAUUAUCUGUUGUCAUUAUAAACUUCUAUUUUCAGGAG